ACACAAAGUCAAGGAAAAGAUGCUGAACCUCAGAAAAUGGGUUCCUCACCACGGAUUCCAGAUCCUGGACAAGAAGUGAGUGUCAAGCAGUUGGAAAAAGGCCCAGGUGGAACAGACUGUUGCACUAUUGGGCAAAAACAGGGGAAUCUUGCUGGAGAAAAUCUGCCUCCAUCUGUACAAGCAAACGUCCAGGAUCUUGACAUGUCACAGCUUUACCGAGAUUUUGCACAAGACUUCAGCCAAAUGCCAGACUCUGGUAUACUGAGUAAAGCUACAGAGGAUACUAGAAAUCACUUCUCUCCGUCAGCCUGUCUGUCAGCCAUGAAACAAGCCAAGCAGAAAGCAAAGCAAGCCGACUUUCCCCGCAACUGUGAUGGUGUCAGGAGCAGGAGACCUGUUUCUGCCACUAAUCAAAACUGUUCCGUCAAUGAAGGCACCGCAAGUGACAGUGGGUUUCAAUCCUCUGUUGCAGAUGUCACUCAUAUGACUGCGUCUUCGCUUGUUCUUCCUUUCUCAGAGAACACUGGUCAAAGUCAGCAGUGGUCUGGCUUUAAAACUGAUAUCCAAAGGACUAUGGAUAUCCACAAGACUACUCCUUUUCCAUCUAGAGAUAAAGCAAAUGGAAAAGUACGUUCGGGUGUUGAAGCUGAAACCGAGCUGUCCAAUGCACAGAGGUCCCACCUCAAGGAAAGACAGAUACUGGACCCUGGAAUAGAGUCUGGCUUACACAUAGCGAGCAAUGCAACACAACCACCAAGCAGUGCAAAAGGAGCUGUCAAUAGCAUUAAUUGCAUUCCACUGAAUGGUCAGAUUCAUGGCAGUCUGCCAGAGGAAACAGCUGUUUCUCUUCCUUCGGUGAGUACAUCAGGAUUUAAAACUGCUUCGAAUAGGAGUAUACGAAUUUCCUUAGCCAACCUGGAGAAAGCCAAGCACCUCUUUGAAGAGAGUCAGAAUGAAAGGACUUUCAGUGGUCAGCUCAACAAAAGUGACCUUGCCACUAAGCAUAAAAUUAGCACAAGUAAUGGACCAGUAAGAAGUGCAACUUCUAACUCAAACCAGCAACUUUCUUUAAGUGAAACAUCUGUGGAUGUGAGUUGCCAGUUAACAGCUUCACAAAAAGCUGAUGUGACAGAACUGUGUACUCUCUUGGAAGAGGCAGAUAGCCAGUUUGAGUUCACACCGGUCAAAAUUCCUGAAGUACAGCAGCAUUGUCAAGAUGAUGCCAAAGACAAAGAACUUGACCCUGAUUUUCUUACGGGUAUAGACUUUGAUGACAGCUUCAGCUCGGAUGCUGAAAAGCACCUGGCAACUGUGAAACCAGACAAAAUGACCUCAGUUUCAGACGAUAAAACGAAUAGUAGAACAUCAAACAACACAAGUAAAUCCCCAGGCGCUUCUUUGUCCAGCGUGACAAGACAAAAAUCCUCUACUGGAGAUGUAUCUUUUAUUUCAGAACACAUUUCUGAAGGCAGUAGCUGUGUUAUGGCAACUAAACCAAAAAGUCUUCAGAGAGCUGAGCACACCGAAACAAGCAGGCUGGAGAACAAAAAUCCUUUGAUGCUCGGUGCAGCGUUUAAGACUGCAGGAGGAAAUGUUUUGAGCGUUUCGAAAACGUGUCUAAGCAAAGCUAGGGCUUUGUUUGCGGAUUUACAGGAGAACCUGACAGAUGAGAAAUCACUAGACAAGCAAAACAGUGAAACUGAUGAUAAAACCAAACAACAAUGCAGUGGGGAUUCUAAUACUGGCAAGGAAAGUUUGAAGUUCACCCUUAAAGAUAACUGUCAUGUUGGGGAGAGAAUUCAGGGCUGUUUUUCAAGCAUGGAAUCUGAUGUCUGUGCAGACAAACAGAUCACAAGCGCUACAAGUAAAGAUGCUGCCAGAAGUUUUAAAAACAGCAAACUGGACUCAACCAUGUGUCAAAGUGGCUUCCACAUGGCUAGUGGAAAAGGGAUCUCUAUUUCAGCAAAGUAUAUGCAGCAGGCAGAUGCUUUUUUCAAAGAUUGUGACGCAAUGGACCCUAAUGAUGGCAUGUCGGGAAAACACAAGAAAAGCCAAAAACCUGUGUCUGAAAGAGUUGACAAAAAGAAAAACCAUUCAAAAUAUACAAGCCCUCUUCAAGUGAACAUUUCUAAAAAACACAUCAGUGGAGACACGAACUGUGAAAAUGUAAACGCUGGACUGGGUUUGCAUCCCCCAAAGGGACCACAUGCCGAUGGUAUGAAAAUGAAAAGCACUGGUUUUAACGGCAGACCAGCUUUAAAAAAUGCAGUGUCUUUCCGUGGAAACCCAUUUUCGACUUCAAAGCCAUUUUCUCCCCCACUGUGCACGACAUCAAAGAAUAUUGAUUCCGCUGCCAUCGAUGAAUUGAGCAGUUGUGAUGGAUUCUGUACAGCAAGUGGGAAGAAAGUAUCUGUGUCAGCCGAUGCGUUGAAAAAGGCUGAGAGUCUUUUGAGAGAAACCUGUACACUCGAGGACACAAACAAACUGUCGAAUCAAAAAGAAAGCUGCCUGAGCACAGGACAGCUUACCACUCAAGCUAAGGUUUCACCGCUUACAAAUGGUGGAUUUCAGACAGCCAGUGGAAAGAGAGUUGCCAUUUCAUCUGCAGCCCUCAAGAAAGCAAAAUCCCUGUUCAGUGAAUGUGAUGAAGUGGAUGAUAUACUCAGUGUAAAACCAUCACAUUCCAAAUCUCCAGUUCAUGGUCCACCACCCAGGAGUGAUGGAUUUCUCACAGCUGGUGGUAAAAAGGUGGCACUUUCAUCAGAGGCCCAUCAGAAGGCAAAAUCUCUCCUCAGUGACAUCAGUGCAGAGAUCCAAGUUGUUUCACACACAACAAACUGUGACAAGAAACAAGAGAAGAUGCAUUGCGGUUUCACAGCUGCAGGGGGAGAAAAAGUCGAUGUUUCAUGGUCCACCACCCAGGAGUGA